UCGUUUGUCGAAGCCGCAUAAGCAACAUCAACACAAAAUUACAAAGCUUCCUAGUUAUAUAAAUAAUAGUUGGUCCCCAGUAGAAAAUGUCACUUACCGAUGAUGAAACUGAGUCGACAGAUUUUGAAAAACUCGGCGAAAAUAAUUUUCAACGCAUCCGAAAUAAAAUAACAAAGAUGAGUUAUGCGGACGGUGUAGCUGACGGCGAAGAAAGCGUUUUUCAAAGUGCUUUUGAUCAAGGUUACAAAGAAGGUUUAAAAGCUGCCUUUGAAAUAGGUAAAUUUAAAUAUUUCUUCAAUCAUUUGGAUGAUAAACUGACUUCAGAGGAUUUGCUAAGAGAAAAGGAAAAGUACCUGAAGAUGAAUGUUAAAGAAGCCAAAGAACAUAAGCAAUUCAUUUCUUUAAAUAAUAGAGAAGAGAAUGUGAGCGAAAUUUCGGAAAAGCAAGAACAACACGUGGAUAAUUUACUAGCGAAAUUCAAAGCCGAAGUUCCGAAGGUUGUAGAUUUAUUGAAUGCGACUUGAAUUUUUCUCAAUAAAGGCUUAAAUUAAAUUAAUAAAUUUAAUAUAUUUUAUAUUUCAUAAGUAUAAAGAAAGUAAUGCUUUAUA